AUGCAACUUGUCAAGGAGUUUUAUAAGCUUAUGCAUAGUGAGUUUGAAAUGAAGCUUAUACGGGAGUUUAAUUACUUCUUUGGGCUUCAAAUCAAGCAAAUUAAUGAAGGGACAUUUGUGUGUCAAACCAAAUAUUGCAAUGAACUACUAAAGAGAUUUGGUUUGGAAGAUGCAAAGUCGAUUGACACUCCAAUGCCUACAAAUAGAAACUUGGAAGGGAAUGAAAAUAGUAAGGAUGUUGAUGUGAAGAAGUAUAGAGGUAUGAUUGGUUAUCUUCUAUAUCUCACUGCAUCUAGGUUAGAUAUUAUGUGUAGUGCGUCUAUAUGUGCUCGUUAUCAAUUGGCUCCUAAAGAAUCUCAUUUAAAAGCCAUAAAACGCAUUCUUAGGUAUCUUUAUGGUACUUCUAAGUAUGGGCUUUGGUAUUCUAAGGGAACCAAUUAUAAUUUGGUUGGUUUUAUCGAUUCCAACUUUGCGUUGCAAAUAGGAUAG